AUGCAUGUGAUAUCAGGAGGCUCGGAAGUCAGCGGAAUAAGCCAUGCGGCCGCGAAGAAGAGAACCUGGAACGCCAAGCAAGGCCUAGAGGCAGCCAAGCCAAAACGCCUGCUCCUGGGUACGGACGAAAUAAUUUUCACGGCCAAGGAGCAAGAAAAGGUCCUAGCCCCACAUCAUGACGCCCUGGUCAUAUUGCUCACUGUAGCAAAUUGCCUGGUGAAGAGGAUAUUGGUAGACAAUGGAAGCUCCAGCAACAUCAUCUUCCAAGCCGCAUAUCAGGAUCUAGGACUGGAGGAAAGGGCUCUAACACGGAGAAUAGCCUCACUCAUAGGAUUAAGCAGAGAAGUCCUCCCAGUGUAUGCUGAAGGGAUUAACAUGUCGACCAAGUUCCUCGUCGUUGACUGUGAAUCAUCUUACAACAUGAUCCUGGGACGGCUCUGGAUUCAUGACAUGGGAGCCGUCCCUUCGACUCUUCACCAGAUGAGCAAACCCACGGCUCGACACACCGAGGAACUGGAGGUUGAAGAGAUGGACGACGUGCCAUUGAUCGAAGGGGACCAGACCCGACACCUCAAGGUCGGUUCCAAGCUAACUGAGGGACAAAGAAGGAUAUUAAUAGACUUCCUCAGGUCUAACUCCGAUUGCUUCGCGUGGUCCCACGCAGACAUGUCUAGGAUUGAUCCGGAGAUCAUCAUGCACAAGCUGCAAGUAGACCCCCUACAUCAGCCCGUCAAACAAAAGAGGAGGAAGUUUGCCCCCGAAAGGGAUGCAAUCAUCAACGACGAAGUCAAAAGCCUGCUCGACGCAUGGUUCAUUCGCGAGGACCCCUUCCCUCUGCCCAAUAUCGACAAGCUGGUCGACGCCACAACCGGGCAUCAGCUGAUGAGUUUCAUGGACGCAUUCUCCGGCUAUAUGCAGAUACUCAUGCAUCCAGAAGACUAA